UGAACACAGGAGCGGGGGAGCGCUGUGCAGCAACGGAUACAUACAUUAAUUUCCAGCCACAAUAAUGUAACUGAGCCGAGUCAUAGACGAGGGCGCAAAGCCAAUUUCGGAGGUCGCCUGGGUAGGACAGAGCCAACAACCUCAUGGACACUGGACGCCUGCUGUGACAAACUUCGCUAUGGCUGCCCAGUCCAGCUUAUACAAUGAAGAGAGGAAUUUACUUCGAAUCCGAGAACGAGAGAGACGAAAUCAGGAGAUUCUUCAAGAGAGACAUCCAUUCAGUGAUAAUGCUCCUCUUUUUCCAGAGCCUUACAAGACAAGUAAAGGGGACGAAUUGUCAAGUCGUAUACAGAGCAUGCUGGGAAAUUAUGAAGAGGUUUAUGAAGAAGUAAAGGAACUGAUUGGCGUAAAGUCCCACCAGAAUCCCAUUAGUAUCCCUUCAAGUGCUUUACCAAUCUCUUCGCAACUUAAAUCUGACAAGCAGCACUCUUUUCACAGCGCUACAAGUAGGUCUUUGGGUCCUCCAAAGUCUUCUAAUAUGUCCUUGGGGUCCAGGCAGAGGCCUUGUGCAGGUUCUGACCUAUCCUCUAAUGAACUGAGAAAAAGCCACAGCCAAAGUCGUGGGAGCCUUCAGAAUAGCACUGUUCAGGAACAGCACACUGGUGCCAUCUGUAUGGAGAGAAACCUCAAGCAAACCCAAGAAAGUAGCUCUGCUACACUUUUAUCCUCCCCUUUCUCCAUCUCAGCCCUUUCACCUCUACUGUCCUCCUUGUCUCCUCCAGUUGAGCCAUUGUCCCCAUUACAUUCCAGCUAUCAAGUUGAUUCCAAGCCGCGAUGCGGCCAAAGCCAUGAGAAAUCUCACCACCAUGCCACAAAAUCCCCAGUUCUAAAUGACACAGGUAACAGAGAAGGUACUGCUACUGUUGCUAACUUGGUGGCUUCCUCACAAACUUUCCCAAAAUAUUUAACGAAUAGUACAUUGCCCCCAAAACCCACUGCUUAUGUAAGGCCCAUGGAUGGUCCAGAUCAAGUCCCUACUCAUUCUCCAGAACUAAAACCGCUGCAAGAGGAUUACCAUGAGGAGUCAUAUAGAAAUCAUGUAAAUCUAAAACCUAAUGGCAAGGAUAGGUUUUCCAAACCAGCAUCUGAACCAUACGAGACCUUCACAAAUGAAGCCCAUUGUGUUGAAGAAAUUUUGAAGGAAAUGACACAUUCAUGGCCUCCACCAUUAACAGCUAUUCAUACGCCAAGCACAGCUGAACCUUCAAAAUUUGCAUUUACCAACAAGGAAAGUCAGCAAGUUCCAUCUGUCAAAGCAAAGCAGAAACAAUAUGACACACCAUCAAAACUCUUGCCAAGCCCAGAAAAGGGAUCAUCCAUGUUGGAAGAUGAUCUCCAGCUCAGCGAUAGCGAGAACAGUGAUGGAGAAGAGGAGGAGGUUACAGAGAAGCCACUUUCCUCAUCUGCUCCAUCAAGUGUUGUGCUAUCACAGGUGGACAGCGUGGUCUCGGCACAUUCCGGCAGUGUGGAAACCGAGGGGAGUGAGACCGACAGCUCUUCAGACACAGAGAGUGAUACUGGCUCAAGUGAUAGUGAACAGAAUACGCAUGACGCUCAGUCAUCUGACUGGCAGUUGGUGAACUUCAUGGUCAAGCCUGCGGCACUUGCUGAGAACCAACAUAACACUGUGGAUCAUGAACAAGAAAACUGGGAGAGUAAAGAACAUGACUGCCUUUCAUCUCCUCUUCAUGAAUCUCCAAAGACUGUUGAGCCUCACCCUGAAGAGGUUAUUUGGACUUCUCAUGAAGAUAUCCAGAACAACCCGAGUUUUCCGAUCUCCCCUAUAGCCAAUGAAACUGUUCCUCCCAGGCAGACUGUGGGCAUAAAACAGCCAAGGAGACCUGUCAAGGCCUCAUUUCAGAAGGAGCCAAAGGGAGGUCUUACUGUUGAAAGUGAGCCACAACCAUACAGGCCAAGAGACCAGCCUUCCAAAGAAAGGCCAACUGUGAAAACGAAAGUUAAAUCCAAACCAAAUGACUGUAAGGAACCAAUUACAAUUGUUGCACAUAGUAGUGAAAAUAAGAAGCACAGAAGUUCUCACCAUAGUAGCAGCACCAAAAAGUGUCCAAGCACUCAAACCGAUAAAAACCAGAGUGCCUCAUCACUCCCGCAGUGUCCCUCUGUUCCAAAGGAGCAGAGUCAAAGCAAAGCCAAUCAUAGGACUAACAUAACUCACCCUGCAGUUGUUGUUCGUGAGGACUCGCACAGGGACAAAGUGUUAUUACCAAUAGGGGACAGCAGAUUGCUGCCACCUAUCAAGAAUAGUCAUAAACCUCUUACCCUUGUUGUCAAAAUUCAGCUGUCAUUGCUGUCUAGGAUCCCAGGAUCAUCUGGGAAAAUAAAUGAGUCAAAGAGUAAAAAUGUUAGCAGUCACGAAUCUCACAGUAAGAACAAGGAGAAAACUGAGAAGAAGCAUUCGCAUAAACCUGACAAGGAGCAGGCCAAGAGAAAGGUUGAUGAAAGAGAGAAAAAGGACGGAUCACUUGAAACACAAAAGAAAAUUAAGUUGGAUAAUGAUGCAAAGGCUGCUUCUAGUCACAAGGAAUCGGUGAAAAAGGUGCCUAAAAUGUCUUCUGAGACCUCUCAUAAAGAACACCGACAUCAGAAAGCCUCAUCUCCAACGCAGCACAAAAAACCUGAGAAGAUGGCACACAAGAGACGUCCUAAUGAGAGCAGCCCUUCCAGGCAGCAAUCCACCUCAAAGAGCAAUAAAAGCAGCGGCAAAGAACCUACCACUCCCAAACAAAGAAAGGUGGAGGAAACGAGUAGCGAACACACACACAGCAGCAAGGUUUCUACAGAAAAUAACACAAAUCCUUUCCCAGUGCCUUCUUUGCCAAAUGGUACUGCCAAGCCAACAAGACCUCAGCUGAAGUUUGAAGAAAAGUUACAUUCACCAGAACAUUACAUGAAGGAAGCCAAGAAGCUAAAACACAAAGCUGAUGCCAUGUCGGACAAAAUUGGAAAGUCAUUUAAUUACCUAGAUGCUGCCAUGUUUUUUAUUGAGUGCGGUAUUGCUAUGGAAGCUGAUGUCCAUGCACCAAAGCCUGCCUACACUAUGUUUGCUGAAACAAUUGAUCUUAUUAAGUUUAUUAUGAAGUUGAAGAACUUCUCAGAUAGUUCAACACCUACACAUGAAAAAGCUUUUUCAGUUUUAUGCAUGCGUUGCCAGUCCGUUCUCUACAUGGCGAUGUUUCGCUACAAAAAAGACACUGCAUUAAAGUAUUCCCGCACUCUUGGGGAGCACUUCAAGAGUUCAUCAAGAACUGCUCAAGCACCUUCUCCGUGUGUUGCUAGAAGUUCCGGUACACCGUCUCCACUGUCCCCGACACCUUCUCCUGCCAGCUCUGGAGGAUCUCAGCCAGGGUCCAACAGUGGGGGCCAGAGCAACUCUGUAACCAUCCCUCAGAUGAUUCAUCACAUAGCAUCAUCUUAUGUCAACAUCACCUCCUACAUCCUCUAUGCCUAUGACAUAUGGGAACAAGCUGAUGUGCUAGCAAAGAAAAACAAAGAUUUCUUUGCAGAUCUCAGUGCAAUGGUUUGCCCCCUGGCUCUAAACAGCACUAUGCCUGAACUUGUACACUACAUUAGACAGGGUUUACAGUGGCUGAGACUGGAAUCAAAUGUGACUUAAACUGUGCUUGAGGACACUUACCCUCUGAACUGAGCUGCACUUUGUACGCCUAGAGUUUGCAAUUGGGCCCAUAAGUUCUAGGAACAAGAAGAGGAAUGGAAAUUGGCUCCUGGGAUCUGGUAUGACUGGAAACCUGCUGAACACUGCCUAGAUCACCAGGUGUGAAGAUGAAGGAGAUUUCACAAUCAAAUGAGACCUUUUAGAAGUGCAAUGUAAUGUUGGAAAGGUCAGUCACGUGAGUGGUCUUUAAACAUUUCUAAUCAAAACCAGCAUGGGGGAGGUGUCUUUCUGGGAGAGGUUAAUGUUUUAAGUAUCAGGUGAACAAUCUACCUAGCAGUCCUCAUCAGAUUAACCAAUUGAAAGUUGGCUAGGCUUAUUCAACA